UUCAAGUGCGCACACAAGACGCGCUCCAAACUCGAGAACUGUUCGCGAAACUCCUUGGGAAAAGCCCAUUAUCGGGAAGAGCAAAAACCCAAGAUGCUGUCAACAGCGCGAUCUUUCACCGCCUACCUCUUGUUAAUAUUCUGUGGCCUGCUGCUCACUCAUCACGGUGUCCAAGGUCAGGCGAAUAAAGUGUCCUCCAAGCUGGAUUUCGAUGAGAGCAACGGGAGCAACAAUCAGACGGGCUUACCCGGCCAGUCGGGGCAAGGGCAGGUGGGGGCCUUUGGCAACGGGAGCUACGACCAGGGCAUGGGCCGCAGCUUCGGUGGUGGAGGAGGCACCACAUCCUCCGGUGGCGGGGGAAAUCGACCCAAGAUCCAUGGCGUCCGGGUGACUGUCGAUACAGGCGAUGGACAGCAGCAAACGAAAGAGUCCAAGGAGAGCGUGGAAAUUACGGAUUUGGGCAAGCACAAGAAGCGUGUGGGCAUCCACACGGACAUCACGUUUGAGAUAACCUCGGAGGCGGACGGAAACGAGACCAGUUCCGCCCAGCAGCAGGGCGACAAGGAGGACGCCAGUGUCCCCAUCUACAAGGGCCGCGGCGGCAGUGACUCCAAGCACAAAACUCGCAAGCCAUAUGAUCCCAAGUCCCAGUGGAAUCCCAAUUUCUCCGGGGAGCAACGGGGCUACCAGGGAUCUAGUCGAGGUGGAGGCAGCAACUACUACCCGCAGUACUAUCCCCAAAACGUUUACACCGACGGAAGUUCAGACGCCGGCAGUGUCUACCGAAAUGGCGAGACCUGGACACACUAUGUUCCAGUUUGGACCACGGAGCGGGCACCGCACGAGCAGGGACAGACUUAUCGUCGGCCCAGCUGGAAGCCUUGCUAUUGUAUGUCAUCCGCCGAUUUCAGGCGUCGUCGGGACAGUAGGACCUGGGAUCAGCAUAAAGGCGUAAUCAACAGUGGCGUUGUUCAGGUGGUGGAUGGUAAGCUGGAGAAGCCCUUUUCCUGAGAAAGAGUCUCAUUUAUACUUUGCACCGGGAAUUGAGAUCAAGCCCAAGCUAUACUUUAUUCGUUUCUUAAUAAAGACAUUUCGACAUUUUAA